UACGCAGGUAACCCAAGAAGGCCUCUUCUAUAACAGUUCUGCUCGCUAAUCUACUAAAGAGAGUUAAUUUUAAAGAAAAGCUCCGUACGUUUCUUUGUCUUGGACAGCCACAUGAGCGCAAUAUUCUUUUAGGAUUUAUUUAUUAGGAGUUUGCUUUCAGGUGAAAACAUAGAUUCUGAUGUUGUGUACCACCAUUGAGAGGGAGUAAUUUCUGAAUUCUCAUCUUCAUUGAUUUCUACCAAAAACAACUUGUCUCCUGGUGUUUCUGUCCAUAAUCCAUCAUCCUUGGCCUUCCCAGAGGGCAGCAGAAGAAAGAAAAAAAAAGAGGUGUGCAUUUUAUAGCCAAAUUGAAGGAUAGCCAUAAUGGCAUCUGUGGGGCUAGAGAUCAUGGCUAUGGCUCUGUGCAUCUUUGGCUGGUUGGGGACUAUCCUUUCGUGUGCAUUGCCCAUGUGGAAGGUUACAGCGUUCAUUGGAAACAACAUUGUUGUAGCACAGACAAUCUGGGAGGGACUGUGGAUGAAUUGUGUGGUACAGAGUACUGGCCAGAUGCAGUGCAAGAUCUAUGAUUCCAUGCUAGCCCUGCCUCAAGAUGUCCAAGCUGCCCGGGCCCUCAUGGUUAUCUCAGUGGUGCUUGCUGUCCUGGCGUUGUUGGUGAGUAUUGUUGGAGCCAAGUGUACCAACUGCGUGGAGGAAGAAGGUGCCAAGGCACGUAUUGUCAUUACCUCAGGUGCCUUCUUUAUUGUCUCAGGACUUCUCUCACUUAUUCCUGUCUGCUGGUCUGCCAAUUCCAUCAUCCGUGACUUUUACAAUCCAAUUGUGGCUGAACCCCUCAAAAGGGAACUGGGGGCUGCUCUCUAUGUUGGUUGGGCAGCUUCUGCCUUACUGCUCCUUGGAGGAUCACUCCUGUGCUGCUCCUGCCCACCACGGGACAACCGCUACCCAGGCCGUAUUGCCUAUUCUGUUCCAGCCAGAUCUACUGCUCCACCAGGCAGUACAAUUGACAAGAGGGACUAUGUAUGAGCAGUUGUGAUGAAAUUUGCCAGAUAUUGGAAGACCCAAACUAGGACAGGCAUUAUUGGCCCAAGGACCUCUGGAACCAGAAGAUAGGACAACCUUAUCAGUUUGGGUUCAGCUAUGAUAUCUGGCAAUACUGGAAUGUUGGUGCAUGUAUAUAGUAUGUGUAUGUGUGACUAUACAAGCAUAAUGAAUGAUGUGGAGUGACUGAGGAAAUGUGAACAAAUAAAAGGAUGUGUGAGAGAAUGAACAAAUCUUUUUCAAUGAGAUGAAUACAUCAGCAAACAAAAGUGGAAUGCAGGAACAAAUGGGGCAGCUGAACAAACAAAGGCAGGUUUAGGACAAGUCUAUGGAUAGGUUAACAGUGCAUAACAUGUGCAUGGAGGUGAAAAAUAAGAUAGAUGAAGAAUAGAAACAGCAUGAUAGCAAUGGCCUUGCCAUAUGGAAAAUGAAGUAUUGUAGCGAUCUCGGGCCAAAGUAGUGGUCUUCUCCUUUUUCCUGUUGUCCCUUCAAAGACUUCAGGCUGUACCUUCUCUUGGAAGACUGAGUGUGAGGCACAAGGUGUGCCUUAGGUUUUUAAACCAGCUGGAUGUCCUCAUAAGCAGCCCUGUCAGUGAUGAUGAAGUAUGAGUUAAGUUUCCAACCAGUUGACUUUUGUAGAGAAUGUUGCCAUAAUGAAAAGUGGUCAGGCAACUGCUGCAGAGGAUCUUGGAGGAAAGAGAUUAUCUGGAUCCAUUUAAGUCAGGUUUCAGGCUGUACAGUAUAGUAUAGUACAGAACAAUUCAGAGACAGCAUUGGUUGUACUUGCUGAUGAUCUUUGGUGAAGCUGGGAUAGGAGUGGUACUCUUGAUCUUUCAGUGGCUUUCAGUACCAAUGAUCAUAGUAUCCUUCUAUACCAGCUGCAAAGUUUGGGGGUGGGAGUCCUCAUUUUAUAGUGGUUCUCCUCUUGCUCCAAUGGUCAAUUCCAGUCAGUGUUUGGGAGGGGAUGUUGUACCCAGAGAUCUUAGUUUAUGAGGUGCAUCAGGGCUUGAUGCUUUCCCCUCUUAUUCAGCAACUACAUGAAACUGUUAGAUAAGGUCAUCUGUCAGUAUCACCAGUAACAGAUGAUACCCAUCUUGAGCCCAGACUGUCCAGAUGAUGCUGUCAAUGUCCUGUCACAGUGUCUAGAGGUUGUUCAGGUCUCGAUGAGGAGGAACAAAUUGAUUCAAUCCUGACAAGACAAAAUGGACUAUAUGUAUAUCCCCCCCCCACACCCUUGAUCUGGAGACUUUCCAUGUUUAGUUUUAUAUGAGACAGUACUCCCCCACUUUAGGCUGUAGGCAGCCUGAGGAUCAUUCUGGAUACAUAGCUCUUAUUCAAAGAGCAGGUGGCAAGCUGUGGCCAGGAAGGUCUUUCCACAGAUUUGUCCGUUGCACAAGUUGUUCCUGUACCUAGAUUGGGAGGCCUUUUAGAUACUCACCUAUGCUCUAGAGAGCUCAUGAAUGGACUACUGCAAUAUGAUGCAGAUGGGUCUGCCUUUGAAGACCUCUUGGAAGUUAUGUUCCAGAAUGCAGCAGUGCAGGCAAUGAUGUUCUAGUUUGCUCAUUUAUCAUUGCUGCUGCGGGAGCUGCACUGAGUUCCUGUCUGUUUCCAGGUGUAAUUUAAGAUGCUGAUUAUUACCUAUGAAGCCCUUCAUUGGCCUGUUUAUUUGAGAAUUGCCUGUUCUAAUAGUUUCUAUCCAUCUGGUAAGAUUAGACAAAGAGGAUGCAUUCUAAAUCCCUUUAAAUAAGCAGUAUGGAAAACUAGGAAGUAUGUUUUCUCUAUUGCAGUAUCUGUCUGGUGGAACAGCAUCCUAUCCAGAAAUCUCUAAGGGUCUCAUUGUCUAUGGAAAUUCUCAGUCAUCCAGGUCACGGUUGUCCCAAAGGUGCUUUUUUUCAUGAGGCAACUGGACUUUCUUGUUUUUCUUUGAAGACGGUUCACUUCCCAUCCAAGAAGCUUCGUCAGCUCUGACUGGAUGGCAGGAUUUAUACUUCUUGAAGACAGUUGGUGAUUUGCAAGAAAAACCACAAAGCCCAGUUGCCUCGUGAAAAAAGCACCUUUGGGAUAAGGCUCUCAUUUUGAUGAUGUUCCAAAAUAUUUCGAAGUCUUUGGGGCAGGAUGGGUGUAGAGUCCCAACAGUUGUUUCCUUGGUAUUUGUUUUCUGAACGUACAUGGUUAUUUUUUGUUAUAUGGUUUUCUUAUUUUUUUUUUAAAUGCAAGCUGCUCAGAGUCACCUGGAUGUCCCCCUUAUAUAAACAAACAAACAAAUAUCCUUUGUCUCAAUCAGCAAAUUGCUUUCGGUCUGCUCAGGCAAAUGUACCAAGAGCAGGAGGCUAUGAGAAUAGACCAAGAAGCAGACAAAUUAAAUAAUGAGAGGAACAGAAAAUGGCACAGAGAACUGGCUGUUGUAUAACUCCUUUUGGCUGCUCUGAAACGAAAGCUAUUUUUUGGUCAAAAUCUGAACUUACAGAAUAAGGAGAGAGACAGAGUUGAAGAAAAACAGUAAAUUUCAUUCUGAAACGGACACAAGAGGAAUGGAAUGCAUGUCUGACUGAAAGAAUCAAUCGGGGACUUAAUGAAGGAGACUUGGGAAGAGAAAAGAUAACCAACCCAAACCUGCAUAAAUAACACAUGAUUUAUGAAAGAUGUGAAUAUUGGACAAAGGCCAGAAUUACCUGCAAAGAUAAUGCAGGGGAAAAAAAGUCUGAAGGGAGCAAAGAAGCUAGUUUGGAUUUAGUAAAAAAAAGUUGUUUGGAGUGGAUGGAGGGUGGGGGGUGGGAAAGAACCCUGACCCUACAAUUGCCUUGGACUGGAGAUAUUUGCUCUCUGGUUAAUAAUUAGUGGAGGUUUUGGCUAUUCUCAGGGGCCUGGGUAAACAAAGGGGUCUAUUUCUUCCCUGACCAUUGAUCUUUACCUAUUACAACCACCUGCCUCAGACAUGGAUAGA